CAGCGCCGCGGUGAGGCGUGCGACCAGCUUCGCGGAUUCCGUCGUCGUUCCGAGCCUCGCGCCGCGCGCUUCGAAACCGAAAUACCGAACCGACUCGUCGACGCGGUCCCGGGGUUUCGCGAGUGAGUGUGCCCUUUCAGUGACAGCCCCGAGGACCAACGACCACAGUGCCCGCCUGUCCGCCCGUCUCGCGAGAUCGCAGGAGAUCCUUUGGCGCGCGUUGGGCCAGCCGCCCGAAGAUGUGCCUGGAUGUGCCACCGUCGUGAAGUGCGUGUAGUGUGUGAGCUCGGCCCGACAGUCCCCCGCCAGUGGGUGUUGCACGUCGCUGCUCAAGGAAAAGUGUCCCAAGUGCAAGAAUGGCGAAGCUGGCGCUGCUGCGCGUCGUCUGGCUGGUGCUCGCCGUCUCCGUGCUUCAGGCGGCGGCGCAGUCGCUGCUGGAGACGGACUUCACGCCGACCGUGACGGCCACGUGCAAGGCGGGCCGCAUGACGAUACGGGUCCACACCAACGGCUCCUUCUACGGCGCGGUGCACGCGCGGGAGCACCGCAAGGCCGGCUGCAUCGCCGUGGGCAACGGCGGCACCCUCACCACGCUGGACGUGAACCUGGUGGCCGCCCCCGGCGCCUCGGACAACUGCGGCGUCCUAGUCAACAACAAGACGGAGGAGAGGUCGCUCUCGGUCGCGGUGCGAGUUCACCGGACUUUGGAGUUGGCCGACGACAAGAUGUACGUCAUCACUUGCGGCAAGGCGGGCUUCAGGAACUCGAGGAACGAGACGUCCCUCGUGUCGCUGAAGUUGAUCGACAAGGGCCGGAGAGUCACGGAGGUGGUGUACAGCCACCCCUACACGCUGAGGGCCGACGUCACCAGGCCUGACGGCACCCACGGCAUCCGGGUCAAAAACUGCUUCGCCUUCAACAAGCUCAACAGCAGCGUCAUCCUCAUCGAUGAGAGGGGGUGCCCCGUCAAGUCGUCCGUCAUAUCGCCCUUCAAGUACGACCCCGUCACCAGCUCGGCCGAGGCGGAGCUCAAGUCCAUGUUCAGGUUCCCGGACUCGAGCCAGCUCCACUUCCAGUGCGACAUCGCCCUGUGCAGAGGAGCGUGCCCCGAGCCCACGUGCUCGGACGACGAGUACCAGCUGGUGUCGGCGCAGUCCCGCGCGCUUGACCAGGACUCGCUGCAGGUGGCGGACGAGGGCGCCCUCAUGGCCAGCACCAGCGUCUUCGUCCUGGAGCCCGGCGAAGGACCACAGGUCGCUGAGCUGUGCGACGGCGGCGUGCACCCGCCCUGGCUGCUGUGGCUGUGCAUCGCGCUGGCCGUGCUGUUCCUCAUCAUGCUCAUCAUCAACUGCUUCCUGUGCUCCGCCAUGACCUGCUCGUGCGCGCGGACGGAGGUGAUCGAGAAGGAGCCCUCCAUCAUCGAGGACUACGACCCCUACCGCUCGUGGCACGGCUCGCAGUACGGCUCCAGGUACUCGCUGAACGGCAAGCCGGGCUACACGUCGGGCGGCUCCACCAUGAACUCGACGCGCUCCGUGUCCACCAACAGCGACCACUACGCCAUCGUGCACUCGCGGCCGGGCAGCCGCUAUUCGCACAAGAACCACCGCGAGCGGGAGGGCCGGGACCACCGGGACCGGGGGCCGCCCAGCCACAUCGGCAGCCACUACUCGGGCAAGAUGUAGAGCCUGCAGUGUACUAGCCCUGGGCCGCCCAGCCACAUCGGCAGCCACUACUCGGGCAAGAUGUAGAGGCUCAACGCGGCGGCGGCACAGCGCGGCCAUGGUGCAGCCACUCGACUGAAUAUAUGUUUGUUUCCAGUGUACGUAGUUUGUGUCUGAACGGCGGCCGUCCGGCGCCCUUCUGGCCAAUUGGCCACCGUCCGUGGGCCUUCCCUGAGCGGUUCGAUCGGUCUCUCGAAAAGAGGACCGGCGUGUUAGCCACAGUCAGCGGUUGGAGUUCUCGAGCUUGCAUUCACUGCUUGCGAGAGAGCAACGCAGACUUUUGCCAUAUGUGACCUCCUUUUUAGUUCUGUUUGUGGCGAGCCAAACUUACGAGUUUGUUUAUUUCUCAGGGUCACUGUAAUUUUCGCAAAAGAUUAACUCAAACUGAGAUCAGAGAGUGGCAUUCUCUUCGUUUGGAGAAAAAUCAAGUUACCAGAAAACACAGUUUUAAAAAAUGAAACAAAACAUAAAUACUGUGUUUGUAAAUCAAAUAUGGAAAUCUUUUUUUCCCAAAUUAUCUUUUCCUUUUUGCACCUCCUGGUGCUGUAGUGAAGAGAAAUGAAGAGAAACAGGUUGCAAAGUCAUGAGUCCAAAUUUCUGCUGGCAUCACACAUAGCAAAAAUAUGUAAUUUUUUAAAAAAAAUGAAUGUUAAAUGGUUUAUACCCUUGUACGCUUAGGCCCCGACCAGUGGAUCCAACAAAAUAUAUUAUUUUGUUUAUUUUUUUCUGUUUCACCAUGUGAUCUUGAAUAAACCACUGUUCAAUGUACAUAUAGUUCAUAAAGAAUGCUCAAACGGUAGAAUCUCUACCAGGAGCAUCAACUUCUAUUUACUGAUUGUCAAUAACAAUAUUUUUAGAAACGAGCAGGACUCGAUAAAGUAAAUUUUGCAGCUACUAGCUGCAGUGCAUCAAAUUUCAAAUGAUUGGGUGCUGCCUAAAAAGUGAUGUUUAAUAAUUAAUAUAGUGUAAAUGUUAAUAUAUUUUUUAAAAAAGUUUCCAAUGCUAAAAAUAUUUUUAUGUUCAGUGUUUAUUAUGUUGAAAAAGCUGAGCUCACAAUGAAACAAAAUGAAAUCUCAAAGGUACUGUGCAUUCUGUCCUUUCCACUGUUGUGUUCCAAGAUUGCAUAUCUCAAUGUGAUAUAUUCAUGAUAAUUAGUUGGUUUCCCUUUUGAUUUGUUUGUAACAAUAUCAUCAUAGGCAUUAAAAUAUUCAAUAAACAUGCACCCUUGAAACAAAGAAUAUUUUUUAGGGAUUGGGAACUCUUAAGUAAUCGAUAUUUACUGUCGACUUUGCCAUGUGUCAUAAUUUAAGAAUCUAUUUGUAUACUUAAGAUGGAUGCUCCAGCUCCCAACAAGCUUUGUUGUAACUUAUAUUUUUAUUAAAAAAUCAAUUUUUCUUAUAGGUUGUUAAUAUUGUUUUUUGUUCAAAAGACAUCAGCUAAUCUGAAUAGCAUUGUUAACUAUGAUGACUCAUUACAUUGUAUAGUCAGAACAUUUAUUAGGCCUGUUGGGAGCAGCAACCAUGAAAGUCAGGUGUUUGUAAUGAAUGUUUUUAACUUCUGAGUGCUUGAGCUGUGAUUGAAUAAAUUGUGUGUAAAUACAAAUGCCAAUAAAUGUACUUGGCCACUGAAUA